AUCGUUGUUUCAUUGAUUCAGUGGACCAUUUCGAAGGAACUCUGCGUCGCCGCUCGCAUGGCGCCGUCGUCGGGGCCCUCCGCUCGAUCUCCGCCCUCGAUUCCCAUGGAGCUCUACGCCCAGAACCGCGACAAGCUCGUCCAGGCUCUCCGUGAGAGCCUUGCCGCUUCCUCUCGCCCUAUCCGUGGCUUCGUUCUCCUUCAGGGCGGCGAGGAGCAAACGAGGUACUGCACGGAUCACAUCGAGCUCUUCAGGCAAGAGAGUUAUUUUUCAUAUUUAUUUGGGGUCAGAGAGCCAGGUUUCUAUGGAGCAAUUGACAUAGCAUCUGGACAAUCAUUACUGUUUGCUCCUAGAUUGUCACCUGAUUAUGCUGUUUGGUUGGGAGAGAUAAAGCCAUUGGUCUACUUUAAGGAAAGAUAUAUGGUGAGCAAGGUUUUCUAUGUUGAUGAGAUUGUGCAAGUGCUGACUGAUCAGUAUGGAGAAUCUGAAAAACCAUUACUUUUUUUGUUGUAUGGGCUGAACACUGACAGCAAUAACUUUUCUAAGCCUGCAGUACUUGAGGAGAUGGAGAAAUUUGACACGGAUUUGAGCACCCUUCAUCCUAUUUUGACUGAAUGUCGUGUAUUUAAGUCCGAGCUGGAACUUGCUUUAAUCCAAUAUGCCAAUGAUGUGAGCUCAGAAGCCCAUAUCGAGGUUAUGAGACAAACUAGAGCUGGUAUGAAAGAAUAUCAGUUGGAAAGCACUUUUCUUCAUCACAUUUACAUGUAUGGUGGCUGCAGGCAUUGCUCAUAUACAUGCAUAUGCGCUACAGGAGAAAAUAGUUCUGUUCUUCAUUAUGGCCAUGCUGCUGCACCCAAUGACAGAACUCUAAAGGAUGGAGACAUGGCACUAUUUGACAUGGGGGCUGAAUAUCAUUUUUAUGGAUCUGAUAUAACAUGCUCAUUUCCUGUCAAUGGUAGAUUCACAAAGGAUCAAGCUAUUAUAUAUAAUGCUGUCCUCAAAGCUCAUAAUGCCGUUUUAUCUGAGAUGAAGCCCGGAGUUGGUUGGGUUGACAUGCACAAAUUGGCAGAGAAGAUCAUCCUUGAAUCAUUGCAAAAAGGGAGCAUUUUAGUUGGCAAUAUUGAUGAUAUGAUGGCCAAAAGAUUAGGUGCUAUUUUUAUGCCGCAUGGUCUAGGACACCUCCUUGGAAUUGACACACAUGAUCCAGGAGGCUAUCCUAAGGGGAUUGAGAGACCUAAAGAACCAGGAUUAAAGUCUUUGCGAACAGCUAGAGAAUUGAAAGAGGGCAUGGUGAUAACCGUCGAACCAGGGUGCUACUUCAUAGAUGCUCUGCUGAUUCCUGCUUUACAAGCUCCCGAGACAUCGGACUUUUUCAACCGCAAGGAACUAGAUAAAUACAAGGACUUUGGCGGUGUUCGAAUCGAAAGCGAUGUGUAUGUUACCUCUACUGGUUGUAAGAAUCUUACAAACUGCCCUAGAGAGACAUGGGAGAUUGAAGCUGUAAUGGCAGGUGCUCAGUGGCCUUUAGAUUCCAAUUUUAUCAGAAAUAAAUCAGAGAACAAACUAAAUCUUGAUAGCAAUUGAGCUCAGUGCAUUGUUAGUUUUACAGGAAACAUGGACAUCUCUUUUUUCAUAAUGUCAUCUUUUGGCAAUUUAAGCAACUGUUCAAGUUGUGUAAGGUGGCUCUCAUCUCAAGCUUAUUGUUGAGAUUGUAAACACAAAUGUCUUUAAUUUUUUAUUAUAUGAUCAUUGUUUAGUUCUAGUCA